AACCCCAGUGCUAGCAGUACUGAUGUUCUUCACAUCCUCGGUCCUGUGGCACUGCGGCGGCGGACCGCUAUGGCCACGGGAGAUGAGCGUGGAGGUGGACUCUUGCAGGAAGAACUGGUGGCUGAACCUGCUGAUGGUGGCCAACUAUGUCGAUGUGCAGAAUAUGUGCUACGUAGUCUCCUGGAGCGUCCAAUGCGACUUCCACUUCUUCGUCCUGGGCACGCUGGUGCUGCUGGUCUACCGCCGCCGCCGCGCGGCCGGGGCGGCGCUGUUUGUGGCGCUGGUAAUAGCGUCGCUGGUGUCGACGGCCGUGGUCACCUAUGUGAAUGACUUCCCGCCACUGUUUAUGUAUGAUAUAGAGGCCAUCAACACCCUGCGUACCUACGCGGUCCUGCGCGGGCGCUACGUGCUGACUCACGCGCGCUUCGGGCCCUACCUGGUGGGGAUGGGGGUGGGGUAUGUGCUGGAUAAAUGGAAGGGGGGUAAAGCUGCCAGGGGCGCUAAGGUUGGAAUGUGGCGCAGCAGCUUGGCGGCGCUGGGCUGCAUCAGCUGCGUGCUGGUGCUGCUGUACUCCGGCUCCUGGUGGUACGGACCCGCGCAGCACCCGCAGUGGCAGGUGCUAACCUACGCGACGCUGGCGCGGCCGCUGUGGGCGCUGGCCGUGGGCGGGCUGCUCGUAUGCUGCGUGCGCGCACCCAUACCCCUCCUAACCCCGGUGCUCCGCUGGCGCCCGCUGCGGCCGCUGUCGCGGCUCACGUACGGCGUGUACCUCGCGCACACGCUGCUCUACUUCCGCGCCAACUACGCGCAGCAGAACCCCGUGCAGGUCGACCUGGUGCUGAUUAUGAACCAGAUCCUGGGCACGCUAGUCAUGUCGAACGCGUGCGCGCUGGCGCUGUGGCUGCUGGUGGAGGCGCCCGCCAACCGGCUAUGCGCGCUCGCGCUUCGGAACAACAAGAGUAAAUCUUCAGCGAUCAAACCUAAAGAAGAGACUACGAAUAACAUCCCUGUUGCUACCGUUUUGACGUCUUUAUAGCAUGAGCAGAAAAAUCAUAGGCACAAAAAAAGAUUAGAUGAAAUAUGCAGAUGGCGGCUUACAUAAGUGGAAAUAGGAUAGAAAAACCUAAUAAUUGGUUGAGAUAGCAAGAGUUAUAGUAUUUUUUUUAUUGUUUCUUAAUGUAUUUAGGCUUGUAUCUGUAGUCAGUGUGAGAUGUACAAUGUGAUAAUAUUGGGUCCUAUAGUAGUUAUGAAUUUACUAAUAAGUAUUUAGUGUUUACUAAGUGAUAAUGAAAUCAAGGGGUGUAUUAUUUACAUAAGCAGCCAUAAUUAUUUGUAUUAUAUAUUUUGUAGCUAUAACUUUACUUGUUGAUUAUAAAUAGUAUUGUACUUAUUAAAAAUUUACUGUUAAAAAAAA